UUUCAGAGCGCCCAGGCCACGAGCGGCCCCAGUACCGCCGAGGAAAAUCUCAAGAAAAUUCCAGGGGACCAGAUCCCGAUCUCUAAACCGUGAGAGAAGUGCGCGGAGUGCGCGAAAUAAAUCGAAAUUAAUCGAAACAUAUCAUAGGCAUCCUGAGUAAACCAUGCAGGUCUUCGAUAACAAUAUGCGCCGGGCCUCGCGGAGAGCCUCCCUGCGCCGGGGUUCGAUAUCGGCUUUGCCGCAAAAGUCAGCGGAGAUUCCAUGGGACAUCUUCGAGCGCCUCUUCCUGCCCUUCCUGCUUUGCCUGGGCGCUGCCAUCAUCAGCUCGCACCUGCUCCAUGCCCUGAGCAUGUCCAGCAUCUCAACCUUCGCCAUCUUCGUCUGGUUUGCUCUGGCCACCGUUGGAGCGGUGCUCUUCUACCACUUUGUCAAGGUUUCCGCUCCUGGCAAGGGUGUCCUUAUCACCGGCUGCGAGGCUCCUUUGGCCUGGUAUUUGGCCAAGAAGCUGGAUGAUCUCGGCUUCACCGUCUAUGCUGGCUUCAACACGCCCAUCGAGGACUCCGACGAGGCCAAGAUUCUCAAGGAGGAGACCUCGGGCCGCAUGAAGCUGCUGCACGUGGACGUCACCUCGGAGAAGACCCUUUUGGAAGCUGCUCGCUAUGUGUCCCAACAUCUGCCCCAUGGCGCCGAAGGACUCUGGUCGGUGGUGCACUGCGCCCACUGGAUAGCUUUGGGCGAACUGGAGUGGAUUCCAUUCGGUGUGCUGCGCAAGAGUCUGGACCUCAACCUGCUCGGUGUUGCCCGUUUAACCCAGAUCUUCCUGCCGCUGGUCCGUCGUGCCCAUGGACGUGUGGUGUUCCUCACCUCCGGCUUGAAUCGUGUCCCGUCGCCUGUGAGGGGUAUCCAGAAUGCCACCCAGGCGGCCGUUGACUGCUUCGCCGCCUGUCUGCGCCAGGAGAUGCGCACCCGGGGUGUGGAUGUGUCCGUGGUGGCUGCCGGCGAGUUUGCCCCCGGCAAUGGCUGGCUAAACGAGACGGAGCUGCGCGACCAGGCCAAGCAAAUGUGGAACGCGCUUUCCUCGGAGCAGAAGAAGACCUACGGCGAGGAUUACUAUGAGGCUGCCAUGACAUCGGUGGAGAAGUACUCCCGCCAGGCAUCCGACAUCCAGCCCACGCUGCGCGUCCUCAUCGAUGCCGUUACCAGGACCUUCCCCAUGGCCCGCUACACGCCUGUGACCACCACCGAGAAGCUGCAGAUCUUCCUGGCCGAGCACCUGCCUCCGUCCCUCUACGAGCAGCUGUACGGCGAGCAGAAGAAGUUUGUCUACUGACCAGCCUCAUGCCGACAUCCGGACUCCUUAUCCUGAUAUUGUUAUUCGGAAAUUGUUAUUCAUUUAUGAUUUUCCUCCCCGAAAUUCGCCAGGCUCCAGGCCGUACGAAGGAGGGCCAGGAACUGCGCCAGUCGAUGAGCAUUUACGUCCUUCUCUCGAUUAUUUUCAUAACUUUUUGCAUAUUAUUAUUAUUAUUUUCUUUAGUUGCUAGAACGAAUUGUAUAACGAUGAAUAAAAUGA